GAUUCACUUCACAAGACAGUCAAACCUGAGCGUCUUUUAAGUUACAAAGAAACUUUUGUCUUUUUUAGAUUUUUCUGAAGCCUGGAAGGACACAUUUUGGUUGACUGGUUCCUGUUAUUCUGAGUUCCUGUUAUAUAAGCACUGAGGUUGUCAACAGAGACACAGGUUUGUGUGAAAGAAGAGUAUAUCCAUGGUUUGGUGUGUUGGUACAGAUCAUCAUGUGAAGCACAGGAGGUUGUUUACAAAAGUAUCCUCAAGAGGGAUGGCGACCAAACGAUUGAAUAGAUGGCAUUUCGAAUGCAGGAGCGAUCUGGAUUAUGUGUUCUUCCUGGUCCUGCUCCUGGUGUGCUACCUAGAACCUGCAGUAUCAACAAUGAUCACAACUACCGAUACCACAGCACAUUUAUCUACAACCGAAAGUCCCAGUAGCUCAUCAACAGUGGCAUUAACAUCAAGCUCUUCUACUGUUCUAAAUACAGCAACAACGAUAAAAACCACAUCCACGUCCUCUGACAUAAGCACAACGAUCCCAGCAACAACACUAACGACAGAAUCACACAGCACUGAGAGUCAGACAACGGAAACAACACCACUCACUGAACACACCACAAUCUCCACAUCCACUGAAAACACGACUUUUGCUCAGGCAACCACAAACUUCACAAUGACUUCUCUAACAACCUUCAGAACCACUGAAAACGUGACUUUUUCUGAAACAACCACAAACUUUACAACACCACUGCCGACAACCAUUAACCAAACUUUAACAUCAACCGUUACAGCGCCCAAACCUUGUGACUUUCGUCAAAGCUGUGAUAAUGCAUAUUACUGGAUGAGCGUUAAGGUAACAAGAACACUCGAAAAUAAUUCAACACUGAUAGAAGGAUGGCUUAAGGAGCUUUACACAAGCAACCUAGAUGCAUGUACAGCUUCUACAAAGGGAGUUAGGACCGUGGUGGAAGAGGUCGUUGACGGCAAAGUAGAAACAACUGUGCUUACCACAACUACCAGCAUAAGUACGACAAAACCUAGCCUUUACGACAUGGAGGUCACAUGUGAUCCAAAAAAUAGCACACAGGAUGCACAGUGCAAUAUUCUUCUGUGGCUGAGUGCACCUGCCAAUGUUUGCUGCAUUAGAGACGCUGUGAUGAUGAACUCAGAUAGUGCCAAUGUCAGUUUGGUGGGACAAAUAGAAAGAGUGGGUGUGUGUGCAGAUGACAUAAGACAGAUCUCAGCUGGACAAUAUGACAAAUGCAAUCCGACAGUCACAGUUGAUGUAUGUAAUGCAAAACCACAGAACAUCUCAUGUGGAAACAGUACAAAUGUGAUCUUUACGCUGGAUUCUCAGAAUAACUGCACUAUAAGUUCAAUGCCAGCGUGCUAUUGUUCUUCACACUGCAAUAGUUCAGAUUUCUACUAUUAUGGUUUUAACAUUGACUUGAACACUGUAAUGGACAACCCUGAAACCCAAAUUUCUAAAUUUUUGAAAUACUCAGAAUGCACAAACACAUCAUCUGUUUGUAACAUUACACAAACUUUCAUAAGUUACCAUCUGGGCUCCAAAGUGAUUUGUGAAAACACGAAAGGGUUCGAAGGGUCACUCAUUUGUAACGGUAUAGUAAAACUAAACACAGCCCUGGACUUGUGUGAUAUUCGCACAGCUCUAGAGGUCAUCUUUAAACCUAAAGACUCUGUGAACUUUAAUGGUGUUGUGAGCAGAGUGGCUAUCUGCUAUAAUUCCUCUUUGGAUUCUUUACAACAAACUCUCAUAUGGGACGAGUCUCUGAGUACAAAUUUCAGUUCUGAAGGCUUCUGCACGGAGCCAAACAGAGAAAACUUUAAUGGAUACUGCUCAGGGGGUAGUAAAGUCAUUCCCUUGAAAGGCAGCUGUAAUUCAUCUACAACCACAUUACAAAACAGUACCACAACCCCUCCGUCUUUUACAAGUACCUCAUUCUCGAACACAACCACCAUCAAUGCUACAGUCUCCACAACAGGGUCCAGUACUGUGAACGUAACAACCGCAGUGUCCACAACCACAUCAGGGGCAUUAGAUGCUGAUGGAUUGUUGAAGUUGAGUACAAAUGGCUCGUCUUUAAACGCUACUCAGGUGCAGCAGAUUUUAUCACAACUAGAGUCACUCCUCUCCGGGCCCAACGUCAGCCUGGCUCUGGCAAACACCUCCGUCAAUAUUGUCAACAACCUCCUUGAUGUUCCCGCAGCUGUAAUAACAUCUUUCUCAAAGAGGGCCAUUGGGAUUGUGGACACAGUGGGUCUUAAACUUGAUGUAUCAGGGACGAGUCAGUCAGUGCUUUCACAGUCACUGACUCUGGCAGUGAAGAAAGUCGAUGGGACCAACUUUCAGGAGACGUCCUUUUCCUUAAUCGAAUCGUCUAGUGUGCAGAUUCGAAGUAACCCCAGCCUGAAGACUGAAGACAAAACGGUUCAGUCCACUCCUCUGGGUUCGGUCGUCCUCCCAGCGUCCCUCACACAGAACCUCACGGCAGAACAGCAGCGGCUCGCAUCCAGAGUCCAGUUCAACUUCUUCCAGAAGAGCACCUUCUUCCAGGACAAAGCGUUGGGUACGCGUAAAUUAAACAGUGGGAUUUUGGGUAGCACCGUGGCUAACCUGAGCAUCUCUGGUCUACAGAAGGAAGUGUUGAUAACCCUGCGAAACACAGAGCCCAUUCCAGCUAACUAUGUAGCUUCCUGUGUAUUCUGGGAUUUUGGAUUAAAUGAUGGCUCAGGCGGCUGGAAUCCUUCUGGGUGCCGUGUGCUUAAUACUUCUGCUGAAGAAACUCAGUGCGCCUGCAGUCACCUUACCAGCUUCGGUAUUCUGCUGGACAUUUCCAAGACUCCCAUUGAUGAAACGAAUGCUAAAAUCCUGACAUUUAUUACAUUCAUCGGCUGUGGCAUCUCAGCCAUUUUCCUGUCCAUCACACUGCUCACAUAUCUGGCCUUUGGUAAACUGCGUAAAGACAUCCCGUCUAAGAUCCUUAUUCAGCUGUGUUUGGCAUUGCUGCUGCUAAACCUGGUGUUCCUAUUGGACGCCUGGCUGGCUCUGUACCCGAAUGCCGUGGGUCUUUGCAUCUCCACUGCGUUUUUCCUGCAUUAUUUCCUCCUGGCGUCCUUUACCUGGAUGGCACUGGAGGCCGUUCACAUGUAUAUAGCCAUUGUCAAGGUGUUCAACACCUACAUCUCCCGCUUCAUGCUCAAGAUCGGACUUGCUGGAUGGGGCAUUCCUCUCGUCGUAGUCAUAAUUGUCAUAGCUGUUAACAAAGAUCACUAUGGUCUUGUGACGUACGCAAGGUUUACAAGCGGAGCAACUGAUGAUUUUUGCUGGAUAAAAAACGACAUUGUCUUCUAUGUUGCUGUGGUGGCGUACUUCUGUCUUGUCUUUCUGCUGAACUUCAUCAUGUUUAUCGUGGUGAUGAUUCAGCUGUGUCGCAUUAAGCAGCAGAACCCUCAAAACGUGCAGAAUCGCAGUGGCUGGCAGGAGAUGCGCAGUGUAGCUGGACUCACCGUGCUCCUGGGACUCACCUGGGGCUUCGCUUUCUUCGCCUGGGGUCCUGUUAACCUGGCCUUCAUGUACCUGUUUGCUAUAUUUAACACUUUACAAGGAUUCUUCAUCUUUCUGUUCCAUUGUGCUUUGAAAGAAAACGUCAGACGACAAUGGAGGGCAUACCUGUGCUGUGGCAGCCUGAGACUGGCUGAAAAUUCAGAAUGGAGUCGCACAGCAACACAAAAAAUAAACAAAACCUCCAAGAAAAAUACGUCUUCAUUCCUCUCGUCAAAUUCGAGCAAUUCCACCUCAUCUUUUCUGAAUCAUGACAGCCUGGCAUCUGAAACGCCCAUCGAUGUCAGCAACCCGAUAGAUGACAGGAUAAUAACUGCAGCAGAAGAGCCAAGUACAGGUUCUGACGUGGUAUUGAACGAGAUCAACAACCGGUACCGAGGUCAAAGGUCAUAUAAAUAAACUGAUUCAGCCGGUAUGGGCGUAUGUGUGUUAGGGCUGCAUGAUUCUUGCUAAAAUGUGGAUCACGAUUUUUCUCCAUGGGAAUUGAGAUUACGAUUCUCUUACACGAUUCUCAUUUUUUUCAACCAAAAUUUAUUGCACUCAAGUACAAAAAAAAAAACUAAAAAAACAAAUAAACAAACAAAAAAAAACGAUGAUUACUGGAGUAACAAAAAAACUUUCUUUUUUUAAUUUAGACCCCUUAAAGUGAAUAAAAGUAAUUUAAAAGUUUUUGAACAUACGAGAACAUUCACAAGUAAUAAAUAAACCAAUACUAAAAUAACCAAUAAUAAUAAAUAAACCAAUAAUAAAAUAAAGCAGAAUCAAGAAACAGGUUACGGUUGUCUGAUAAUGAUAAUAAUGAUGAUGAUGAUAAUAAUAAUAAUAUCACUUUUUUGUCUCUUAGAAAUACACAUUUGAUAGUAGCUCGAGGAUGCAGAGGUAAAAUUUUGUUCAUUAUCAAUCAGUAACAUCUGUAAAAACUGUAGCAACCUCAAUUUUAUAUGGUUAAAUUUAUUAUUAUUAUUUUAAAUUAAACAUACAUUUUAAAUCAUGAUAAAUAGUUAAAACCACACAUAAUGGUGCCUCAAUACCAUGGUAAAAAUAUAACUACAUGGUUUUAUAAGUAGUCUAUUUGUAUGAAAAACGGUAGUCUAAAAACAUUCACUAUAAAUGCACACUUACACCUCACAUGAGAGACAGUGGAACUUGUGGGAGAGGAGAGACGUAAUCGAGAUUUAUGAUUGAUUGGUGAAUUAAUAGUGUUUUGUUAUUGUGUGAGUGUGACCAAUAACGGGUAAAUGGAGCAUGAUCUGAAUGCAGGUGUUACAAACUACCUGGCUCACGGCAGCGUAACAUAAAUGGAAAGGCCAUGCACAAAGUAAGUUAAAUCAAAAUAAACAUUUAUUAAAGUAUUUAAUAGUCAAGUUAAACAUAAAAAAAGAAAACAAAGAUAAAGUAUCAAAAGAAAACAAAAACUGGUGUUGGAGAGAAGUCAAGCUCAGAUGGGGCACACCACGCUGGAGGAUCCUUUCGUUAGUUGAUUCAUCACAGUAACCCAUUACACCUGUGGCUUGUCUCCACCCUGCAAAACGGACAAAGAAACAAAAACACACAAGACAAUGCAAAAAAAACAAAAAAACAAAUGAAAACAAUAAUUAAACUAAUUAAACGAAUACAUAACACAACAACAGAACCCACGCCACCUAGAGGCGAACAGAUCCUGAUUAGGGAAUAGGUGCUACCCCGGGUUGUAACACAGAGAAAUACAGAGAAUUUGGCCUCAUUUAGAAAUGAGAUUGCAUUUAUGUAUGAAGCGUGAUUUUUUUGAUUAAUCGUGCAGCCCAAAUGUGUGUGCAUGUAUUGUGUAGUAUGGAUUAAUGAAACACUCUAUUUCACUGGUAUUUUAAAUUUACAUAAAGUAUUGUGUGUUGUAUAUACAACAGAAAUAUUUUUUCAAAUGAAGCACUUUAAUUGAUGCUAUUUAAUAACGAAGUCACAACGGCAAUGCAAAACCUUUUAAACCAACGACAACAAAAAAAAUGGUCUGAUGGUUUAGGCUUUGUCAUUUUUCUGUGACUAGUUACAAUUGGAUAAUUGUGUAUGAAAUUAAAUUAUGUGCUUAUACUGUUAUGGUUGAAUGGCUUGAUUGUUUUAUAUAUAUAUGGAACAUUACAAGUCAUGUAUGUUGUCACAUGUAUUUUAUUUUUGUAUUUUCAUAGCGUUUCAAAAUAAUAAAAUGUACACUUCUAAGUAUAACGAAAGAAAUACAAGUUGUAGAGUUGUUGUUUUUUUCACAAACACUCUCAUGCAUUCAAUUAGCAACAUACUGUAUUCCAAACAAAUGAUGGUGAAGAGUGUUAUGAAUAUUUAUGAAUUAUUAAGCAAGUUCUGAAGGGUUUUUAAUAAUUGUUGAAUAAAGUAUUUUUGCGCACAAAAA